CCACUGGGUAAGAGACGGAGGACCUGCCUACAGAAGGGAACUUCUUGGGCAAAGCUGUAGCUCUGGGAAAAGACAUGGUUUAUUCAGAAGAGGGAGAGCCCAUCGGCCCCUACGACGAUAGAUGCCAUUGACCAAGAGGAGGGGAGCUGGAGUAGGAAAUGGCAACCUGCUCCAGUAUUCUUGCCUGGAAAAUCCCAUGGACAGAGGAGCUUGGUGCACUACAGUCCACAGGGUCACAAGGAGUCAGACAUGACUGAAUGAGCACACACACGUCGGGAAAGGAUCCAGCACUAAGAACAGUAGGACGCUAGUGCUUACAGGAACCUGGCCUCACAGGCAGUGUAGCUCUGAAGGGACUGAGGGAGGGGUGAUUUGAUCUUCUAACAAAUUAAAGUUUCCCGUCAGUUCUUAUUUGCCCCUCAGACCAGGGAUCACAGGGGCCACAAGACAGCUUUCCAUCUAACACUUGACACUUGGCUCCCUCCUGUCACUGGCAUUUCCCAAGGGGCUGAGACCAGCUCAGAAAAGACAUGGAGACUCUUGGGCAAAGACUGUGGUCUCUUCCCACCCUCCCUUUAUAGAGAGGGUCAGUGACCCAGGACACGUCUGCCAGACUAGAACUUGCCCUUCCCUUCUGUGUAAUAUUAUAGUCAAUAUCAUUUAUCCUAAAAAGCUAUAUGGAAGCCAAGAGGAGACUCACUCGGCUUUUAGGACCAGGGUUAAAUGUUGUGACCUGUGGCUCUAUUGGGAUAUGUACAUUCUAGUAUAUUCUUUUAAAAAUCAAUGCACGGUAUCUGAUCUUACAGAGGGAUACCAGAAUAAGGCUUGUACAUCCUAUGCAGUAGAAAUGUUCAACCUUUAUGCCCAAAGGAAUGAGGUGCCCAUCACUCAUCACCCACCUGCCUUCCCAAGCUCAUCCCACUUAAUUUGAGAAAGAGGAGCAGCACUUGUUACAAUUGUGGCAUCUUUUUGUCCACGUAAUUUUCUUACUGCUAUAGCCCAGCAUCUAAACAACACCCCACGCAAGGUAGGCACUCAACAAAUCUUCAGUGAGUAAAUGAAUCUGAAAUCCUAUGGGCAUCAUUCAGUCACAUGAAGUCAUAACCUAGUAAAUGUGCUUCCAUUUAACAGCCAAGAACACUGUAGAUUCAAAAAGAGUAUGGGGAACUUGAAUCCCAUUCUAUUGUCUCUACAGAGCCCUCUGGGGGAAAAGAGAGAAGAGCCUAGAUGAUUAGAAUGGACCCCAUCUCCUUUAAGUUACACCAGAACCACAGAACUGAGGGGGCUGGCUUGCAGACCUGAAGUCCACUCUCUCAUUGUAAUGAUGGUGAAACAGUUCCAGAGGCAGGGCUGACCCGCCCCAGGUAACACAUCCACGUUGCUUGGUCCCAGGCCCACUGGUGCUUUUAUCCAACACUUUCAUGGUGCAGAGGGGAAAAGAGGGAGAAUGAGAUGGAUGGAGAAUGAGACGAAUGGGGCAAACCAGACGAUCGUGACAGAGUUUGUCCUGCUGGGGCUACAUGACCACCACAACCUAGAGAUGGUCCUGUUUGUGCUCUGCCUGGGCAUCUACUCUGUGAAUGUGCUGGGGAAUGCCCUCCUCAUCGGGCUGAACAUGCUGGACCCCCGCCUGCACACCCCCAUGUACUUCUUCCUCAGCAACCUCGCCCUCGUGGACAUCUCUGGCACAUCCUCCUUCGUGCCUCUCAUGCUGGUCAACUUCCUGGAAACCCAGAGCACCAUCUCCUUCCCUGGCUGUGCCCUGCAGAUGUACCUGACCCAGGCACUGGGCUCCACGGAGUGUGUGCUCUUGGCCAUGAUGGCGUGUGACCGGUACAUGGCCAUCUGCCAGCCGCUUCGCUACUCAGAGCUCAUGAAUAGUCAGACGUGCAUGUGGAUGGCGGCGCUGAGCUGGGGGGCAGGCUUUGCCAACUCCCUUCUCAAUUCCAAACUCACCUGGAGCCUCCCCUUCUGUGGCCACAAUAUCAUCAACCACUUUUUCUGUGAGGUCUUGGCAGUGCUGAAACUAGCCUGUGGGGACAUCUCUCUCAAUGCACUGAUAUUAAUGGUAGCUUCAGCUGUUGUGACAUUGCCCCCGCUGCUGCUCAUCUUCCUGUCCUACAUGUUCAUCCUCACUGCCAUCCUGAGGGUGCCCUCUGCUGCCGGCCGGCACAAAGCCUUCUCUACCUGCUCUGCCCACCUCACAGUGGUGGUGAUUUUCUAUGGGACUAUCUUCUUCAUGUACUUGAAGCCCAAAGCCAAAGAACUCAACUUGGAUAAGUUUAUUGCAUUGUUCUAUGGGGUCAUGACCCCCUCGCUGAACCCCAUCAUCUACAGCCUAAGGAACGCAGAAGUGAAAGCUGCCACCAUAGCUCUGCUGAGGGGAGAUCUCCUCUCCAGGAAAAUAUCCCGCUUUCCUGUUGUUCUCUAAGUCCAUCAGGCUGCUGUGUGUGUGCUGACUUGUUUUCAGCUCAGUUCAGUUACUGAGUCGUGUACGACUCUUUGCGACCCAAUGAACUGCAGCACGCCAGGC